AUGUGCUCUUACAGGGGGCCAAGCAAGAAAUACAAAUCACCCUCCCUCACAUGCAUUGCACGUGCUCUCACACGCUCUCUCACGCGCCCUCUCACGCGCACUCUCACGCGCACUCUCACGCGCUCUCUCACGCGCUUUCUCAUGUGCUCUCUCUCACGCACUCACUCAUGCGCUCUCUCACACACUCUCUCACGCGCUCUCUCAAGCGCUCUCUCACGCGCUCUCUCACACGCUCUCUCAUGCGUCUCUCACACGCACCCUCACGUGCUCUCUCACGCCCUCUCUCACGCCCUCUCUCACGCCCUCUCUCACGCCCUCUCUCACGCGCACUCUCACGCGCUCUCUCACGCGCUCUCUCACGCGCUCUCUCACGCGCUCUUUCACACGCUCUCUCACGUGCACUCUCACACGGACUCUCACACGCACUCUCACGCGCACUCUCACGCGCACUCUCACGCUCUCUCUCACGCGCUCCCUCACGCGCUCUCUCAUGCGCUCUCUCACGCGCUCUCUCACGCGCACUCCCACGCGCUCUCUCACGUGCACUCUCACGCGCACUCUCACGCGCUCUCUCACGCGCUCCCUCACACGCUCUCUCAUGCGCUCUCUCACGCGCUCUCUCACGCGCACUCUCACACGCACUCUCACACGCACCCUCACGUGCUCUCUCACGCCCUCUCUGACGCGCACUCUCACGCGCUCUCUCACGCGCUCUCUCACGCGCUCUCUCACGUGCACUCUCACACGGACUCUCACGCGCACUCUCACGCGCACUCUCACGCUCACUCUCACGCUCUCUCUCACGCGCUCUCUCAUGCGCUCUCUCACACGAACUCUCACACGCACCCUCACGUGCUCUCUCACGCCCCCUUUCACGCCCUCUCUCACGCCCUCUCUCACGCGCACUCUUACGCGCUCUUUUCACGCGCUCUUUCACGCGCUCUCUCAUGCGCUCUUUCACGCGCUCUCUCACCUCUCUCACGCGCACUCUCACACGCACUCUCACACGCACCCUCACGUGCUCUCUCACGCCCUCUCUCACGCCCUCUCUCACGCCCUCUCUCACGCGCACUCUCACGCGCUCUCUCACACACUCUCUCACACGCUCUCUCACGCGCUCUUUCACGCGCUCUCUCACGUGCACUCUCACACGGACUCCCACGCGCACUCUCACGCGCUCUCCCACGCCCUCUCCCACGCCCUCUCGCACGCGCACUCUCACGCGCUCUCUCACGCGCACUCUCACACGCUCUCUCACGCGCACUCUCAUGCGCACUCUCACGCGCUCUCUCACGCGCUCUCACGCGCUCUCUCACGCGCACUCUCACACGCUCUCUCACGCGCACUCUCACGCCCUCUCUCACGCGCUCUCUCACGUGCACUCUCACGCGCACUCUCACGCGCUCUCUCACGCGCCCUCUCACGCGCACUCACACGCACUCUCACGCGCACUCCCACGCGCUCUCUCAAGUCCUCUCUCACGCGCUCUCUCACGCGCUCUCACGCGCUCUCUCACGCGCACUCUCACACGCUCUCUCACGCGCACUCUCACGCCCUCUCUAA